UCAUAAAGGACACCCAACCUGUACCCAAACAAAACAGGGUGGUUUUAUAAACGCUGUAUGUCGAAGUUUAUAUCGGGCUAUUGUAAUUUUCUUGCUAUAAUAUCAUAACUACAGAAUUAUGAUCAAGCAUAUAUGUGUCAAAAAUUGUGCGUAUGAUAAGCAUGUGCACUAUAAACCGGAACACAAUCUAGAUAAAUAAUUUGAAGUGCUGUGUAAUGCAGAUGGACAGAUUAAUUGUUAUUAUUAAUGAAGGUUAACGUGUUUAUGGCAUUCUUAUACUGAAGUUACAUGUAUACAUUGAUUUGUCAGUCAUUGUUAUGCUUAAGCCAGUUGAACGAAUUUAAAUUUUUCAUAAAAGCGGUGUAUUUUAUAUGGACAUAAUAGAAAACGUAGAAACAGGUUUAAACCAUAUAUAAUCAUUCACGAAUGAACAUAUAGAAAAUAGAAAGAAGAUACCAUAUAGACCACAACAUCGAGGUAUAUAUUGUUCAUCUAAAAUGACGGAUAUCUCAUCUUUGGGAAAUACCGAUCCGUAACCAUAGAAGAUAAUACUUAUAAACAUAAAGGAGGAUGUAAAAUAAAAAUGGAAAUUGGUACAGUAAAAGUUCAAACAGAAUUAUCGGAAGUCACGCGACCGGUCCCAAACCAAGAGGAUGGUACAAAUUCAAAUUUUCCGAUUACAAAUACGCACACCGUUAUUGAUUAUAAAAAGAAACUCGACGGAAUAGAGGUCGAUCAGUUUACAACAAAAAUGACGAUAGAGAGUGAAAACACGGGAAGUUCUGAAUCUGGAUUAAUUAAUGUUGAAGAAAAUAUGAAAUACGAACCAUUACAUGAAAGUGAAGAAUCAAAAGGUGUUAAAGUCAUGAGAGACGUAAAAGACGCACCAUUGACUCUCGUAGAUGAAGAUGAUGGUUUAAUGAAAUUUCUUGGGAAAGCGUGCGGAGUGGGAAAAGAAAGACUUAUAGACGAGGAUUUUGAACCGUACACGAAGCUUGCUAAUAGUGGAAAGCAGAAAAAUGAAGGGCGACAAAAAGCAAGUGAUGCGGGGUUCAGUGAAAAGAAAUUGAAAAAUAUGAAUAUGAACUAUGACGCGCGUGUUGGUGAAAGGUUAGCGCACCAGGGUAAUGAUACUGUAGUGAUAUCCUCUGCGAAACAGACUGAUAAAUCAAGUACAGAGGAUGAGGUAGCAAGUAAGGACAUAAAACGUGUUCACAAUGAUUCACAAUCUGAACAUAUCCAUAAAAGUAGUGAACAAGAAACACAGGACGAAAAACAGCGUAUGUAUAUAAAACGGUCAGAAACCCGAACUCCCGGUGCUAGGAAAGGGUCUUAUCCAAAUCAGACAAAUGUACAGGUAUUUCCGCCAAGCGGUCAAAAUAAUCCUCGUACUACUAAUGCAAUAAGCAGUGACACAUAUAAUUUCAACCAUUUUCAAAGAGGGUAUAUGUUCACGAUAGUCAACGACCAAUUUGCCCGCCAGUCUCCUAGGGAUGGGGCCCACUGGGAUUUAUUAAAAAUGAGAGAAAUUGCCAGAAAGUUUGGUUUUCUAUCUUUGAAUUAUAACCAGGAACGGAAUCUUACAAAAUCAGAAACUAUGCACUUGCUAAGCAGAGCCAGGAAUACGGACCAUUCUGAUUGUGACUGUUUCAUGUUUAUGAUCAGUACUCAUGGUUUGGAGCAAAGAAACUCCCUGAAGGGUGGUAAGGUUGACCACGCCCUUGUUUGUGCUGACGACCAGCUCAUCUUUACAAGUACCAUUAUGGACAUGUUCAACGAUACCAACUGCCCUACAUUGAAGGGAAAACCGAAAAUAUUCUACAUACAAGCAUGUAGAGGUGAGAAGUUGGACCAUGGUGGUGAUGUUUUUGUUGCCUAUCCGAGGAGUGAGGAUAAAACAUGUAGCGCAUCUAAUGAUGAGACAACUCGGCGGAUGAGAGAGUCAUUUGAUGUAUCAGACACGAACUGGGGGCAGGAUUCGUGGGCCUCUGAUCAGACUGCAGCUGGUCAGACUACUUUCACAAGUUCAUUCCAAAUACCUGCUGCAGGUCAGCAUCAUGCUACAGGUCAAACCGCUUCUGCAAGAUCGUACCAUGCACAGCCAUCAAGCAGCCACACACCGUCUUUCAUGGUCCCAAAAGUCCCUCGAGAGCAACAUAGAAGUCCACAAUACAGACACCAAACAUUACAUGCACCGAGUCGCCUUGUUAAUAAAAUUUACGCCCCUACUCCGUAUGCUAUUGUUGAAACACCUUCGCUCAAAUGUGAUAAUGACAUGCUUGUAAUGUUCGCUAUUCCUCCAGGUAUGUUCGCAUGGAGGAACACUAGCGAAGGUUCAUGGAUGAUAGAUUAUCUUCACCAAGUGUUGAUGGCGUACGAUAUGAGGCGACCAAAGAACUUCCUGAAUCUUAUGACAAAGGUGUCCUCGCUGAUGAGUCGGCGUACGACGAAUACCCCGUCGGCUCCGAGUAUGCACGCAAAGAAAGCAGUUUCUGUAAUUGAACAUAAGCUUGACAAGGAUAUUUUCUUUCAGCAAAAGGUACCAGUCUCGGAAUGGGUUAAGAAAUCCAAAACAUUUGCAUUGUAAACCACAUCAUGAAAACGACUUUAAAUGACCACCGCUUAUAUGAUCUCUUCUUAGUGUUUUUGAUUUGAUCUAAAAAUAAAUUCACUGCAAUGUU